AUGCCUAAAUCCUCAGAUCCAAACCAGUUCAUGAGAACUUCAGGUGCCAAUGAUUCAGUCUGGGUCCAUCUGGAACCAUAUUCUCACCGGCCCAAGUUCCCCAAGUUGGACAAGGAUAUCGAGACUGAUGUCUGCGUCAUCGGAUCUGGUAUCUCUGGCAUCUCAGUUGCAGAGCAAUGUGUGAGGAGAGGUCUCAACGUGGUUAUGAUUGAAGCAAGAGAUAUACUUUCGGGGGAGACCGGUCGAACAUCGGGUCAUUUGGCAUCGGAUCUGGACGAUGGGUACAUAGCAAUACAGAAAGCCUUCGGAAGAGACGGAGCACAAGCUGCGGCAGAGUCACACGACUGGGCGAUCAAGCAUGUCGGCGAAGUUGCAAAGGAGCUUGGAAUCGACUGCGAAUAUCGUAUGCUGAAGGCGUACGACGUGUCACAGUACCCCGUGGGCACAAAGGAACAUGACGACGACAUGAAGGAGCUGAAGGAGGAAGCUGAGCUCGCCUCCCAGCUCGGCCUCGAUUUCGCAUAUGACGAAAAUCUCAAAAUCAAAGGCUGGGACGGGAAACCGGACCAGCGAGGUGGCAACAUUGUUGGGCGUCAGGCGACCUUUCACCCUACCAAGUACCUUGUAGGAGUACUGAAGUGGCUCGAGAAGCAACCCAACUUCAAAUGCUACACACAUACCCGUGCAUUGAGGAUAAAUGAGAGUGGCAUACACGUGCCGCUCGUCGACCUGCACCUGGGUCCAAAGGAUGUCACAGUCACAACGGUGGACGGCAAUACGAUCAAGUGUCACCACGCAGUCGAGGCAACUGUUAUACCUCUCCAGAUGCUGAGUGUCGUCGCCGAGCUCGAGUACCACCGGACAUAUUGCAUCGCGAUCAGAAUACCCAAAGGGAGCGUCGAGGACUGCCUUAUCUACGACACAGCCGACCCAUACAAAUACGUCCGCAUGACGGAUUGCGACGAAAAAGACGACUACAUGGUCGUUGGUGGUUGUGAUCACAAGGUUGGCCAAGAAGACGAAUGGGAGGAGCGAUACAAGGAAUUGGAGACGUGGACUCGCGAGCGCUUCACAAAGGCAGGCAGCGUCGACUACAAGUGGUCUGGCCAAGUUCUCGACCCGGUCGACUACAACGCAUUUAUCGGCAAGAAUUCGGGCAACAAUCGGAUCUACGUGGUUACCGGCGACUCCGGAAACGGGCUUACCCACGGCGUGCUUGCUGGGCGACUCAUCGCAGAUCAAAUUCAAGGGAUUGACAGCCCUUGGGCCAAGGCCUAUGACCCGAAGCGCAAAAGCUCUAUCCUCCAGAAACUUCCAAGCAUGGUUGAGCAUGACGUGCAGAUCAACACACAAUACAAGCGGUUUGCACACUCAGACAUCAAGGACGUUGAAGAUCUAGGUCUGGAUCAAGGUGGUGUGCUCAACCCGACCGCCAAAGGCCCACAGGCAGUGUACAAAGACAACAAUGGCAAGAUUCACCGCAUGAGCGCGCUCUGUCCCCAUCUGCACGGAGUGGUGUGUUGGAAUAACGACGAGAAAUCCUGGGAUUGCCCUAUCCAUGGCAGUCGAUUCAGCCCGGAGGGUCUCCAGAUCUGCGGCCCAGCAAAGACGGCGUUGAAGCCAUUUGACGAUAGCGCGAAAGCAAGACAGGAGAUCUCUUCUGAGCCUUGA